AUGGACCCAACGGUUGAGAAGGGCACUGCUCAACACCUGGAGCACGCCUCUGACACCUCUGGAGACGUACAAGGCAAUGCAAAAGGUCUUGCUGUUGCCUUCGAGGAGGGCAUGGACGCCGGCUUGAGCGACGCCCACCUUUGUAGCGAGGAGGACAACAAGCGCAUCCUUCGAAAGACUGACUUGUGGAUGCUCUCGCUCCUCUGCAUGGUUUAUUUCCUUCAGUCAGCAGACAAGGGAAUCAUCGGUCUUACCGCCGUCUAUGGUCUCAAAAAGGACGCACAUCUCGUUGGCAACGACUACUCCAACAUUGGAAACAUUGGCUACUACGCACAGCUUGCUGUCCAACCUAUCGCUGCAUGGGUACUUGUCAAGUUGCGAUACCGACAAGUCUUGCCCGUUAUCAUUACCUGCUGGGGAAUCUCAGUUGCUGCCGGACUUGCUGGCUCUCGCAACUAUGCCGGACUCCUUGCCUCGAGAUUUCUGCUCGGAGCUUUUGAAGCUGCCGUCGUUCCUUUGUUCUCCAUGAUCACCAUCGCUUUCUACAGACGCUCCGAACAACCUUUCCGCGUUGCUUGUUGGUACAGCUGCUACGGCUUGAGCACACUUAUCAGUGCGCCAAUCGUCUACGGAUUUGGACGCAUUCACUCUGCAACGUUGUACCGUUAUCAAGUGGUCUACCUCUUCUUCGGCCUGUUGACAAUCUGCAUCGGACUCAUUACCUACUGGUGGGCACAUGACAGUCCCGGAGAGGCCCGUUACCUUUCUCCCGAAGACCGCCUCAAGGCUGUUGAUCGUGUUAAGGCCAACCAGCAAGGAAUCGUCUCACACAAGUUCAACUGGAAGCAAGUCAUCGAGGCUUUCACAGAAUUGAAGUAUUGGCUCUUCAUAGUCAUGGUCGUCAGUGUGAACGCUGGUGCUUCUGUAUCGUCAGUCUUUGGCUCCAUCAUCCUCCAGAACCUGGCAGGCUUCACCCCUGACCAAGCCGUACUUCUCAACAUGCCAUCUGGCGCACUGCAGUUUGUUUCGAUUCUUGGCGCAUCUUACCUUGCAUACCGCUUCAAGCGCAAGUCGCCAUUCUUGCUCGGCCUUGUGUCUAUCGUCAUCGUUGGAGUUGCUUUGAUGGUCGCACUUCCUAAGACCAAGGAGAACAAGGGUGGUUUGCUCGCUGGAUACUAUCUGAUCGCUUUCGUGUACGCCAUCAACCCUCUGCUCAUUUCGUGGAUGGGCGGCAACUGUGCUGGACAGACCAAGAAGGCCAUCUACUACACCUCGUUCAACGCCGGAAACGCCAUUGGCAACAUCAUCACACCCUACAUCUUCAACUCCAAGUUUGCACCACAAUACGUCAAUGCUCUCAAAGGUAUCUUGAUCAUUUGGAUCAUCCUCUGGGUGGUCGUCAUCCUCCAGAUCUUGAACAUCACUUGGAUCCAGAAGAAGAAGGGAGACCAGCGCGAAGCAGCUGGACUGCCCAGAACCUUCGAGGACUUUUCCAUGAGCGACAAGUUCCACGAGGCGGGUGCAGAGAUUCACGGCGAGAAUGGUCUGCAGGAUAUGACUGACAAGCAGAAUCUGUACUUCCAGUACUUGCUAUGA